AUGGCGCCCAAAGCCGGUCAAAAACACGCCCGCUCAGGCAGCUCAGCACAAGAUGACUAUAUUCACCUCGAACACGCCAUGAAGAAGCCCACAACCAAACGCGCCAGGGAAAUAGACGCAGACACACCUUUCUCCCAACUCACCACCCUUCUUGCCCAGAAGCGUAAGGAUAUAAAACCACGAAAUGUCCUCCACUGGUUCCGCUCCAAGGACAUCCGCCAAGAAGACAACAAAGCCCUGCACGCCGCUGCCCAGAAAGCGAAGGAAGGAAAGGGCCAUCUAAUCACAAUGUACCUCUUCAGUCCACGUGACAUGGAAUGGCACGGCACGAGUCCUGCAAGGUCAGAUUUCAUACUCGACAGUUUCCGGAUUCUGAAGGAGCAGCUGGAGAAGAAGAAUAUACCUCUUGCAGUGAUCACGGCGGAGAGGAGAGGAAACAAGACAGCGAAAUUGUUGGAGUUCGUGAGGGAGAACGAUAUCUCGCAUGUCUAUGCGAAUAUGGAGUACGAGGUCGAUGAGCUGAGGAGGGAUAUCGAUUUUGCUCAGAAGUCCGCGAAAGAGGAAAGUGGCGUUUGGUUCGAGGUGCUACACGAUCAGACGGCCGUAACGCCUGGAGAAAUAAAGACUGGAAACGGCGGGCCAAUGAAAGUCUUCACACCUUAUCAUAAAGCGUGGUUAGUCGAAACGAAAGCGCAUCCAGAGCUAUUCGACCUCGUGCCGGUCCCCAAGGGCAACGACAAGAGCGCGACCAAAGACCUCAGCAAGCUCUUCGAAAUGAAAGUCCCCGACCUACCAGAAAGCAAACAAUACCCAUCACAAGAAGACCAAGCCCGCAUCCGCAAACUCUGGCCCGCAGGAAACGAAGCAGGAAUGACCCGCCUCUCCCACUUCCUCAAAACUAAAGCCCACACCUACGCCGCCAACCGCUCCGAAGCUGCCCUCGACGCCUCAUCCCGUAUGUCUGCCUACUUCUCCGCCGGCAUCGUGAGCGUCCGAGAAGUCCUGAAGAAGUGCCUAGAAUCCAACAAAGGUAAACACUUCGACCAAGGCGACAUCGGCCUAGCAUCCUGGGUGCGUGAGAUAGUAUUCCGAGAAUUCUACCGCCAGGUCACAGUCACCACACCCCACACUAGCAUGAACCUGCCUCAGAACCUCAAGUUCGACAAUGUGAAAUGGCGGGAUGACGCGGAAGACUGGAAACGGUGGUGUGAGGGCACGACGGGGAUCCCGUUUGUGGAUGCCGGGAUGCGCCAAAUCAAUACAGAAGCCUACAUGCAUAACCGCCUGCGCAUGAAUACCGCGUCCUUCCUGCGCGGGAACUUACUCAUAGAUUACCGCAAAGGCGAGCGGUACUUCGCCGAACAUCUAAUAGACUGGGACCUCUCAAACAACACCCAAGGCUGGCAACCCUCCUACACUUUCUUCAACCCCGUCGUGCAAGCGGAAAAGCACGAUCCCAAUGGCGAUUUCAUUCGGAAAUGGGUUCCGGAAUUGAAGGGGUUGAAGGGAGGGAAGAAUGGGGCGGUUUAUGCUCCGCAUGAUAGACUGAGUAAGAAGGAGUUUGAGAAGCUGGGGUAUCCGGAGCCGGUGGUCCAGUUUGCGGAGACGUCGAAGAGGGCCAAGGAGGUUUAUAUGGAGGGGACGCAUAGUGCGGAGUCGUAG